GGUCAUUCUUCUGCGAGAAGUAAAUUGUGCCCUAACCAUAACUAUACCUUACAAGAAUUGAUCGAAAAGGAUCUUGGUGCUAAAAAUCAAAGAUAUACUAUAUCUCUUCCAUUAAAGGGCUUUUUAAAUGAAACAGAUGAUGAUGAUGACCGAUUACAGAAGGCCGUAAACAAGAUCCAGGAUCUAUCUAGUUUCUUACGUCUUGUUUUGUUUAAAGCUCAAAUCUUUGUCAAUGACUACAUUUUACAAUACCCCAAAAAUUUGUCCAAUGAAUUUUUUCAGCAAAAUUUCUGGUAUUCAUUGUGUAGAGUGGUUUGUAAACAGCUGUCGAUCAAAGACUUUCAGUUAAAGUAUGUCAAUAUUCACCACUUGGAAGACGCAUGGAUGGAGCUUAAUAAUCUAGAAGGAGUAAACUUAAACGUAGAAAAAGAUGGGCUGAAAAAUUAUGGUCAAGUGCUUGCAACUGCAUGUGAAACUACUGCGAUGUGUUACAAUAGCUAUUACAUUGAGAAUUUUCAGAACAUUAUCUGCAACUACUUCAUUUAUAUGAUUUGUAAAGAAUUUCAUGACGCUAAAAAAUCUGUCAUAAGGAAACUUGUAUAUGAACAUGUUUUAGAUCAAGUACUGUCAUCUGAUCCUGUUGCCGUCCUAAAUGAUGAUAUCCUCCCACCAUUAAGCCAAGAAACAAAAAUUGGUUUACAGGCAUUUAUAAACCCUUUAAUUGUGGAGCUCAAGAACCGCUUGCCAUCGUUCACAAUUACAAAGGCAACUCAGAAUACUGCCCCUUUUGGUAUUUUACCGGCAUUAAGACACAUUCUAUCCAAGUAUGAAUCAAUCAUUGCGGAAAAUUCUACUUUACAGAAGCAUGACUCAGAACCAGGAAAACCUCAAGAUACGGUUCAAUCUGGUGAAAAAAAAAAGAAGAAAGAUGAUAAAGCAAGGCAUUUUGUACCGCCAAGAAUAUUUAGCCUGUUUCCCAAUCCAGGUUUGCAGUGGCGCUUUAUCAAAAUCGAUAGUCAAAACGUUACUGGUAUAUUCCCUGGCUCAAACUUAAAGAAAGAAAAGGACGAGACUUUAUUUAGCUUCACACAAAGGUAUUUUUAUGAUUGUUUUAACUUUGCCAAGUUAAAAGUUAGAAGCAUUGCCCUAGAACUCGAUGACUUUAACACUGAAGAGGUAAAUACUUAUUUUAUGCCAUGUACAGUUGAUCCCGGAAGGAAUGAUGUGUUUGUAUCCUACCAUGGAGACAAUGAUGUGAGACGUCUUUCUUCAAAAAAAUACUACAAUAUGGGCGGUGUUACGCAAAGACAUAAACAAGAACAAGAACUCAAGAAAAGCUUGGGUAUUGAUCAAAUUGAGACCAAUAUCCCCUCACCUAAAACCACGUCUCAUGAUACCUAUAUACUGUACAUUACGUAUAUUCUCCAACAUAUUGAUACACUUUUUAAUUUUUACGGGUUUAGAACUACCAAUAAUAGAUGGUGUAAUUAUAUUGCAUCACAAAAUAGCAUAGAGGACGCCGUUAAUAUCCUUUCAAACGGAUCUACAAAGUACAAGAAAAGAAGGAAAAAUAAGAAGAAGAGUAAAAAGAGAAGGAGGUCCAAAAUAGUUGACUCUUUAAAAUCUAAACCGAAAAUUAUCAAAAGGUAA